AUGAGUAUCCAUAUUCGUCGUUAUUUAUUUCGUUUUACUCUUCUUAUACCUAUUGUUUGGCUUUUAAUUAUUCUUAUACUUUUACAAUCGAAUAAAACAUCUACAAAAUCAUCUGAUAAUAUUCAUGCAAAAGAUUAUAAUUCAAAUCAUCGACCAGGACGUGAUGCUGAUAAAACUGAUACAUUCGCGCCGUUACUUAAUAACUUAGUACCAACUAUUAAUAAACCAGCACAUAUUGAAUUAUCAAGUGAAUCAGUUCGUGUUAUACAUGAAAAGCCAGAACAAGUCGUACCACCUCAAUUAGAAAAUGCAAAACAAUCUUUAAAUGGUCCUGGUGAAAUGGGUAAAGCAUUUGUAGUUGAUAAAGAUAAAUUAACUCCUGAAGAACGUCGAAAAUAUGAUGAAGGUUUUCAAAACAAUGCAUUCAAUGGUUAUGUUAGUGAUUUAAUAUCAAUACAUCGUAGUUUACCUGAUGUACGUGAUCCUGGUUGCAGAAAAAUUGAAUAUAAAGCACCACGAGUCACAGCAAGUGUUGUUAUGUGUUUUCAUAAUGAAGCAUGGUCAGUAUUAUUAAGAUCAGUACAUUCAGUUAUUGAUCGUAGUUCACCUGAUUUAUUAAAAGAAAUUAUUCUUGUUGAUGAUUUUUCAGAUAUGGAACAUUUAAAAAAACCACUCGAUGAUUAUGUAAAAGUUCUUGGAAAAGUAUUUAUUGUUCGUCAAUCUAAACGUGAAGGUCUUAUUCGAUCACGUUUAGCUGGUGCUGCUGCUGUUAAAGGUGAUGUUAUUGUUUUUCUUGAUUCACAUAUUGAAGCAACUGAAGGUUGGCUUGAACCAUUAAUUGAUCCUAUAUCAGCAAAUCGUACAACAGUUGUAACACCUGUUAUUGAUAUUAUUGAUGAUUCAACAUUUAAAUUUAAUUUUGGCGCUGUAAGUUCAAUGAGUGUUGGUGGUUUUGAUUGGAAUUUACAAUUUACUUGGCAUGGUGCACCAGAACGAGAUCGAAAACGAAGAAAACAUGAAUUAGAACCUAUUCGAUCACCAACAAUGGCUGGAGGACUUUUUGCAAUUAGUAGAAUUUAUUUUGAAGAACUUGGAACAUAUGAUGCAGGAAUGGAUAUUUGGGGUGGUGAAAAUCUUGAAAUAUCUUUUCGUAUUUGGAUGUGUGGUGGUACUCUAGUAACUGCUCCUUGCUCACAUGUUGGUCAUAUAUUUCGAAAACGAUCUCCUUAUAAAUGGUUAACAGGUGUUAAUGUUGUUAAGAAGAAUUCAAUUCGUGUAGCUGAAGUUUGGCUUGAUGAAUAUAAAAAAUUUCAUUACGAAAGAUUUAAUUAUGAUUUAGGUGAAUAUGGUGAUGUAUCUUCUCGUAAAUUACUUCGAAAAAACUUACAAUGUAAAUCUUUUAAAUGGUUUUUAACGGAAGUUUAUCCAGAACAAUUUAUACCUAGUGAUGCAGUAGCUUCGGGCGAGAUUCGAAAUGUACUCGCAGGUUUUUGUGUUGAUGGUGGUACUAAUCAUCAUGAUCAUCAUAAACCAGUUAUCGGUUAUCCUUGCCAUUCUCAAGGUGGCAAUCAGCUUUUUAUGUUAAGUGAAUUGGGAGAAAUUCGUCGAGAUGAUGGAUGUCUAGAUUUCUCAGGCGGUGUUAAUGAUGCUAAUAAAGAUGACAAAGUUAUUGUUUAUUCAUGUCAUGGAAUGAAAGGAAAUCAGCAAUGGCAGUAUAAAGAGGAAGAAAUAAUUCGAUUUAUCAAGGAUGGAACGAGCGUGGCGAUAAAUAAAUAUAAAAACAAUGAUUUAACAAUUACAUAUACUCAAAAACUUGACCGACCGACGUACGAUAUCACCCUUGAUAUUGACCAUUGCUGUGAAGAACCCCAAGCAUUUAAUCUUUCUGAAUAUUGUAUUAACAAACUACCUGACAAUUUUCAGUUAUCAAUGUUUUUAUUUUUACACAUAGGUAAAGAAAAUGAAUUACAUCGUACUCAACCAUCACUUACUCAUAUUUAUGUAAUUCGUGGGUUGUUCGGGAAUCGAAUUCAAAAUUUUACUUCUAAUGCUCUUACAUAUAUUCAACCAUUUCUAAAAUGUCUUGAUACUAAUACAUCAUAUGAACAAGUAGUUGAACGGCGAGGAGCAGAAUUAAUUAUUCGUAUUGCAUCAAAUCUACAAUACAUGAAAGAUGCUCUUACAAUCAUUGAACAAAUGAAAGACAUUGAUUUUCUUAAUUGUAAUCAAGAAUUUGUUUCUCAAGCUGAAAAAAUUAUUCAAUUAAAUUAUAAUUCAUCUAUUAAUACAUCAAUUGAUUGUAUUACAUCAUCAACAAAUACUGAAUUGACUUCAAUGAUUACUUUGGAAACAAGUACUGAAGCUGUUAAAACCUUACCUGAAUUACAACUUCAAACAAGAAUUUUAAAAGUUAAUUAUAAUAUUUUUCACAAAACAACGUUAUUUGGCAAUAUUGAUGUAUUGAAGAAUAUUGAUAAAGAUACUGUUGAUCAUUUAUUAAGUCGAUUUGUCAAACGUAAUAUUUUGAAAAAAGGAACAUUUUUAAAAUGCGAUAAUCGAAAUAAAUAUGAAUCAUAUAUGAAAUACUUACCAAGUGAUCAAUUAGAAGAACAACAAUUAAUCAAUGAAUUAAAUAAACACAAAAUUUCAUUGAAAGAAUAUCAUGAAAUCUAUCAAACUAGUAAUGUUUGUCCACCUGCUACCAUUAUAACAGCAUAUGAUAAAGUGGAAUUACAAAAACAAAAGAUUGAGUUUAUACGUACGAAUGAAAUUGAUCAAGAACGUGUUGUACCACUCACUUCAAGUUCGUUAACUAAUUUUGGUCACAUUCACAAUGUUAACAAUUCUGUUCAUACAUUCAAUCAAUCAUCAUACAAUAUUUUUAUUGAUCGACAACUAGAUGAUAAUGUUUGUUCUACUCGAAAUCAUACAACACCACAUUCUCUAUUUGUUGAAUAUCAAACUUCCACAGAAACAACACAAAAUCCACCAUCAAUUGGUAAUCCUGAAUUUGAAUAA